UAGAUGGUGAUGGCAAGACCUGCCGAUUUCUCACGGUCCAAGGCCAUCCUGGCUUGCUAUUGUAUCCAAUUUGGAGGUAUAUGGUGCCUCAUGCGUCGAAAACAAUUAGGACGGUCCGAGCACUCCAUGCGCCUUGGAGUAUUUAAGCAAUGCGCGGGAGGAACGGCUCCUCUUCCAUCUCGUGCUCCAGCAGACCUAAUCUUACCUCGCGCUGCCUUCCGUUAUCUCUCCUUUCCACAUCACCGAUGGACGACUUUACCCCAUUCCACCUUGCCACCGGCGGGGACCCUACUCGCUCGGGCGCAACCACGACUACGGAUCCGCCUCGGAACGAGGACGGCGCGAACCAUGCCGCGCACGGAGGCUGCAUAAUAUCAUGACAGCGGAGGCAGCGCCCGCUAUAUCAUUAUGGGUAUCCACGCCCUAUUUAUGCUCAUGUCAUAUCCUGCCUGCGGCUCGGAUAUCAUCACUUACGCUCUCUAUCUACCUUUUAACUUCAAUCCAAUCAUAAGCCUGAGAAAGGCACUGUACCCAUAAUUUGACCACCAAUCUACGGCGAAAGCCAGGAUGAUAGAUACUUCCACAAAUAGAUUAUACAAGCCAAACACGCACACGGUUUUUUCUGAACGGAUAGUUGCGCUGGUCAUACUUACAAGAAUUCACCAUCACCCUUUGAAGGA